AUGUUGUGGUUGCUGCUGCCCUUGUUAUGGACAGGGUCUCUGGCUCAGGACGACCAAUACCAGUUGGAAAUGCAGAGGUCAGUGACAGUACAGGAGGGUCUGUGCACUUUUCUGCCCUGCACCAUCACCUACCCCCACGGCAUGUGGACUGACUCUGACCCAACGUAUGGCUCCUGGUUCCGUGACGGGGCCGAUGUGAACCAGGAUGCUCCAGUGGCCACAAAUCACCCAGGUCAAAAAGUGCAGGAGGAGACCCAGGGCCGAUUCUAUCUCCUUGGAGACCCUCGGAACCACACCUGCUCCCUGGACAUCAGAGACACCAGGAUGGCAGACAACGGGUCAUACUUUUUUCAGGUGGCGAGAGGAAGCAUGAAAUGGAAUUACACAUUGUAUCCGCUCUCUGUUCAUGUGAAACCCCUGACUCAGAAGCCCAACAUACAGAUCCUACGGUCCCUGGUGUCUGGCCGACUCGGCACCGUGACCUGUCCUAUACCCUGGGCUUGUGAUCGGGGCAGAGCUCCCAUCUUCUCCUGGAUGGGCCCCUCCAUUGUCCCUGGAGAUUCCAUGAUCCCCAACUCCUCAGUGCUUACCUUCACCCCACGGCCUCAGGAUCACGGCACCAACCUCACCUGUCAGGUGACCUUCCCUGGAGCAGGUGUGACAACAAAUAGAACCAUUCUGCUCAAAGUAUCCUACUCUCCACAGAAUGUGACCAUAGCUGUCUUCCAAGGAAAUGACACAGAAUCCAACACCGUAAGGAAUGGCUCUUCAGUGAAUGUCCAGGUGGGACAGUACCUGCGUCUGGUCUGUGUUGUCGACAGCAAUCCUCCCUCCACAGUGACUUGGGCCCGGGGGAGCCUCACCCUGAAGCCCUCAAUGCCCUCAGAACCAGAAGUCAUGGAACUGCUGCAAGUAAAAGCUGAAGAUGGAGGGGAAUUCACUUGCCGGGCUCAGUACUCACUAGACUCCCUGCAUGUUUCUUUGAAGCUCUCUGUGCAGAGUAGCUCCUCUUGCUGCCCCUGUGCACCUGGGCGGCCAAAGGAGUCCAGGGCCCUGAUCUUAACCCUGACCAGGGGAUGCCUUAUGGGUGCUGGUUUUGUCUUCACCUAUGGCCUCUUUUGGAUCUACUAUACCUGGUAA